AUGGAGAUGAAAGCAAUUGCAUUGCUCGCGAUUCACUGCUUGGCCCUUUUCUACCCCGGCCACGGACUGUCCGCGCACGGUCCUCUCACCAAAGAAGAAGACUCGGAGCUCGAAGCGCGGCUCAAGACCCUCAAUAAACCUCCCGUUCGGACAUUAAAGGCAUUCAAUGGAGACAUCAUAGACUGCAUCGACAUGUACAAACAACCUGCUUUUGAUCAUCCUUUACUUAAAAACCACAAGAUCGAGAUAAAGCCCAGCUUUUUACCCCUUGGAGUCAAGAAGAAAAGAACAGCACAAGCUACUCCGGUUGAGCAGCCAUACUUGUUGGGCGAAUGUCCCAAUGGAACCGUUCCUAUUCGCAGGACAACCAAAGAGGAUUUAAUAAGACACCACUUCUAUGGAAAGACGUACGUGCCAAAGUACAAUUCUUCGUUGGUGGCACCUCCACUUACUCACUUCGCGUACUUGUCAUUAGAGGCCUACAAGCGAGGUCCUCUAUUUACGGCGGAAGGAUACAUCGAUGUCUAUAAUCCCAACGUCGAAGCUGGACAAUUCAGCACGGGUCAAAUCUUGAUUACCGACGGCCCGGAGGAACUAUCGGCCAGCAAAAUCGAAGCCGGGUGGAUGGUGAAUCCCAAUCUCUACGGCGACCAUCUCACUCAUUUCUUCACUCGUUGGACAGGAGGUGGUGGCGUGGGAACGGGAUGCUACGACAUGGCUUGUCCAGGUUUCGUGCAGACCAAUCCCAGGAUUCCCGUUGGAUUCGUGUUGCGAAAUUUUAGUGUUUACGGUCACGUUCCAUACGAUAUUGUUGUUCAAGUUGGUCAGCGUCGCAGAGGAUCUUGGUGGUUGUUUUAUGGUGAUAAAAGAGACGAAAUUGGCUACUGGCCCAGAAAUUUGUUCCAAUAUUUCAGCAGCGGCGCGUCGAGGAUAAGCUUCGGAGGGCAAGUAGGCCGCGCCCCCAACCGCCCGAGCCCUCCGAUGGGGAGCGGUCACUUCCCGGACCACGAUUUCACCCACUCUAGCUACAUCCGACUUAUUCGCUACAGGAGCAGCCAAAAACGAUUGGAGACCCCAAGUCGGGACGGCACUGCGACUCACGUGGACGUCCCGCUCUGUUACAACGUGACCGAUGAAGGGGAUCUGGGAGGCGUCACGGGAUACGCCACGACGUUCGGUGGACCGGGUGGAAAUUGCGAUUGA